AUGAAGACGAUAGCAAACUUACUAAUUCGUCCUCCAAGGUAAUUAUAAAUCAGGACUAAUUAUUCUACAAUUGAAUUAGGAUCAAAAAGACUUGAAAUUUUUGGUCAAGAUUUUAUCCGUCAAGAUAUUCAAAUUAAAAAUUCAAGAGGAUUGAAUUUAGCUUGCUCACAUUUUAUUCCAAAGAAUUCAAAUCUAAGCAUUCCGUGUGUGAUUUAUUGCCAUGGAAAUUCAGGAAGCAGAAUGGAUUGCUUAGAUUCUCUUGCUUAUAUUUUACCAAACGGCAUCAGCUUAUUCUGCUUUGAUUUUUCUGGGGCUGGCCUUUCUGAAGGGGAUUUUUUGUCGAUGGGAUAUUUCGAGCAAGAUGAUAUACAGGGUGCUGGUCUAAUGAUCGUGCACUUUUGACAAUGAGCAUUUGAUCAAAGAAAAUUUAGUCGAAAUUUUAAAUAGAAUACUAUUCGGCAGAAUUUUAACUUUUUUUGGGUAAAAUACCGCAUUAUCAAUAAUGUUUUGGAUCAAUUUCCCCUAGAAAAGCGCACUAUCAAAGGUGCACGAUCAUUUGGCAAGAAGCCGAUAUACGUGCGGUUAUUGAAUAUUUAUCAAGAUCUCACAUUACUAGAAUUGGACUAUGAGGAAGAUCUAUGGGAGCAGUUGCUUGCUUACUAUAUGCAAGCUCAGAUCAGAGCAUUGAUUUUGUGGUAGCAGAAUCUCCUUUUUCUAGCUUAGAUGAGCUUUGUACAGACCUUGUCAAAAACUAUGCAGUAAUUUAUAUUUAGAAACUCCCAGCCUUUUUAUCAUUCAUUCAUUCUUAUUUAGAGGUCGUAAGACCAUUUUAUGGCGGAGCCAAAGCUCACCACGCUAGGCCUUAUAGCCUUAAUUACCCACCGCUAGCGACGACAAGGUAGUUUAUCUCCUCAUCUCAUGCCCGUUGUCUUGGCCAGAACACCCGUCUUCAAUGCGAUUACACCCCAUUAGCUUACAUCUCCUCCAUCGGAGUCCGAUGAGCUGCGGAUUUACUUCCAUCUUGCCUUAGACGAGCCACCUCUCUGCCAACUCUGAAUUGCGCAGAGACUCAUGCAGCCUACACUGCCCAGUCUUCGUCCCAUACGCCUUGAUGCGGUCUAUCUCGCCAGCCAUCCUAUCUCAGGAGCCCAGAGUCCGUUGACUCGAUCCCAGCCUUUUUAUCAAAUUUAAUUGUCCGUGGACUGAGAAAAGUUGUACUUAAGGAAGGAAAUUUUGAUAUAUGGUAAAUUUUAUAUCAGCCAAGUCAAUGUUAUGAAUGUAAUUGAAAAAAUAAAAUCAAAAAUAUUUUUACUCCAUAGUCCAGAAGACGAAAUGGUCCCAAUAAAGCAUUCAUACAACAUAUUGGAAAAGGGGAAUAGUGUUUCAUUGAUGGAAAUUACUGGAGAUCAUAAUAAACCCAGAGAUAUGGAAACGCUAGAGAGUAUUUCAACAUAUAUUAUUGACACAUUUGAUGAAAGAUCUUUUGAAGAGGAUAUAUCAGAAGAAGCUGUGCCGUGCUUGCCAAGCUUGCCGAAGCCUGUGAGAAGUACUCAUUGCAGGAAAAAAACUGAUAUUUGUGUAGGGAAUUAUAUUCCUGACUCCCCCCCCCCCCUCCGUGAGUGAACAAAACCAUUAGAAAAAUCGCUAUUUUUUGCCCAAAAGCCCACCCUCCGUGAGUGAGCAAAAAUUUUUUUAAAUAGAAAAAAAUUUAUGAAAAAAAUUUUGAUAUAUAAGUGAUAAUUAGUAUAAUGAAAUCUAGUUUAAUUUUAAACAAAUUGCUUUUUAAAACAUAAAUUUUAUAAAUUAAAUUAAUAUUUGCUUUCCAAUUUUUGCAAAUUAGGAUUUUUUUAAAUUUCGAAAAAAAAAUUUUUUCUAUAAAAUUUAUAUAUAAAUUUUUUUAAAAAAAAAAUUAACCCCCCUCCGUGAGUGAACAAAAUUUUUUUUGUUCACUCACGGAGGGGGGGAGUGAGAAUAAAUUUAGACAAGCAUUAAAAGAGCUUAACCCUAAUAUCUAA